CGGGGAGGGAGGGAGACCCGGAGUGUUUGUGGACCGUGAUUAUCGUCGCGAGAGAGCGGACGCCGACGCAGCCUGGCCGAGAUGGGGAAAGUGGAAGGAGGAAUGAAAUGCGUGAAGUACCUUCUGUUCGUCUUCAACUUCAUCUUCUGGCUGAUGGGCUCUUUUGUUCUGGCGGUGGGACUGUGGCUCCGCUUCGACCCAGAAACCGUGUUGCUGCUCACUGGUGACAAAGCACCAGACACAUUCUUCAUCGGUGUCUACAUCCUGAUCGGCGCCGGCAGCCUGGUGAUGUUGGUGGGUUUCUUCGGCUGCUGUGGAGCCGUCCGAGAGUCGCAGUGUCUGCUGGGCUCAUUCUUCACUUGUCUGCUGAUCAUCUUCGGAGCUGAAGUGGCCGCCGGGGUCUUUGGCUUCUUAAACAAAGACAAGAUCAUCGAGGACGUUCAGAACUUUUAUUCCACCACGUACAACGACAACAACAACAGCACGCUGAUCCUCACCUACCAGCGAGUUCUCAACUGCUGUGGGACUCUGGCCAGCUCCUGCCCUGAACCAGAACCGGGUUCCAAGGACUGCGAGAGCGCCAUCAAGGACUUCUUCAACAACAAGCUCUACAUCAUCGGCUACGUGGGCAUCGGCAUCGCCGGGGUGAUGAUCAUCGGGAUGAUCUUCAGCAUGGUCCUCUGCUGCGCCAUAAGAAACAGCCGGGAGGUCAUCUAAGCUGCGCCCUGAAGAAGACUCAGCUCAGCUCACGUGUCCACCCUCCGUCUGCCGAGGCCCUGAUGUCCUUUUCUCCCUCUGUAUUUUACUGUACAUUUCAUAACAUCCUCAACUAUUUAUAGCCCCCAAAACUGUGCCCCCUCGUAGGUGUUUGGCUGUGGAUUGUAACCCAGAUACUUUCACUGCUGCGUCAAGAGUCUUUCACACAGCCGUGACACUGACCCCCGGGCUGUGGGAAACCCAACACACACCUUUUGCUAUUUGAGAGCGUACUUAUCCAAAAAUAAGCCAGGGGUUGUGAUUGGUGGGUUCGCAGUGGAGUGUUGAGCUUUGGUCCGACACGUUGAGCUGUGAGGUCGUUCUUUAGUCCGAGCACUUCCGUUUGUAAAUAUGUGUGUUGUAGUUGCCCUUGUGGUUGAUUGUCUCUGAAUAGUUUCAAAGAAGCUGUGUAGAUGGAAGUCAUGGCCUGGAGGGGCCACGCAGCCAAGGGCCAAAACAGUCACGUGCCUUUUCUGACAAGCUGACGUCCGAACAAAAGUACGAGUUUACCCUGCGCUUUUAUCGCCAAGUGUGUUCCUUUAAGGUCCCGUUCAGAAGCCAGUGGCCCACGGCCGGCUCCUCACUUUGUGUUCCCCCGGAUCGACGCCACGCAUUGGAAGCGUUUGCAAACUGACUCACUGCUGGUGAAGCGUGUGGCGGCCGCUCUUGCAUGCCAUGACGUGGCUGUCGUGUACUUGAAAGCUCCAUUUGCUGAGUCGAGUAAACACCUUUUGCUCGUCUUCAUUCUUGUACCGGUAUUUAUUCCAGCGGUUCAGUCGAGAAGACACAGCCUUGUGUUGACUGUUGGAACCCUGCCGUCGCCAUAAGCUCCCACUGUUUACGCCCUCUGGCCUUUCAUAGUUGACUGUGUGCUUAUUUAUUUUGACCACCAUUCCAGACUCCUCAGGAAUAUCCUGUAGCUGUUUGAAUAAAGUGUUUGAAUCUCAAGUGGCUUGCUGUUGACUUAAGUCAGCCAGGGGGAGGAGACUUGAUCCUUUACUGUCCGAAUAGUGCAGUGAGCGCAAUCGCACAGCAGAUGGCAGCAGCGCUACGGACUUCCUAUAACAUUACACGCACGAAGAAGAUGGAACGCGCAACCUUUCAAAACGUAAAGUAAAUUCAUGACCAUUUUGUCACAAAGUCAUAGCUCCUCCACACAUCGUUAUGGGACAGGUAAGGGCCCGGUCGUGUUCUGUGUCUUGCAAAGCUAAGAUGUCUAAACGUUCACUGCGUAGGAAUUGUUCAAGUUGUGUCCUGUAUGUUGUAUAGUUCGUCUGUUGUCAUGUUUCGCUCUUUGGCCAUUUGAAAACGUGUUUAAGCGCGCACGUUGGUUUUGUAAUCAUAGUGGACUAAUAUGAGUCGUGUUCUGUAUAAAAUGGAGUCAAAACAUGCAGUUUGUACUUGUUUUAACUGGUGCAGGACACGUGACCGGAUGUUCCUUCUCAAUUGUGGAGAAGUUUAUUUUGUCCUCGGGCAGUUGCCAUAGUUGGCAGGGUGCGUGUGUGGACAACUGUCAUCUUGCUGCACCAACACAGUUCUAACCCUCGGCUCCAAUAGGAAACUAAUAGAGGGUUGGAGAGCCGCCAUGUUGGAGAUAGUCACUGCUCAGCACAGAGCGGUACUGAAGGCAAUUCUUUUCCUUGAAAAAAUGGUGAAUUAGGGUCGUGUUUUGGAUCGUACGAAUCGUUCCGAUUGUGAAAAACAUAUGGAAUUUUAUCAACUUUCAAAAGUUAUUACAAAUCAAGGAGAAUAAUGCCAGAAGUUGUCACAAGAAAGGAGGCGCUUGUGGUUAGCGAAGCUGAACCAGGACCUUCCUGGCAAAACUGGCAGAACCUUUAUCAGAACAUAUUUAUUGAUGCCAACACACAGCUUUCAGAACGUUCCUUUAAAAAGCUAUCUCACAAACACACAAAAAAAUACUUGAGCACAAACAAAAAUAGCACACAAAUGUCAAAAUAUUUAAAUACGUCACAUUCUCAUAUAAGGUGCAAAUGUCGUCGAUGACUUGGUAUAACAGUUUCCUGCCCCAUCCGCACACCAUCUGGUUGUACGCCUCCAAACUGCGGAGACAUUUCAGGUCCUUGGCGGUGUAUAGACGACGGCAGACUGUCCGGAUCACAGGUCUGCACCACCAGUGAAGCUCAACUUUCGUUGAGUUUAGUGUCACACAUUUUUGUGUUCAUUAAGUCCCUCUCUGUAUGUCCUGUCACUCCCAACUCACUUCGACUAGCCUUUCUGUUUUCUUUUGUCUUUUUCCAUCGCACUCCAUUCGCAGCAUAUGGGGGUGCUUACAAAGAGUAUCUCUAACAUGGCGGCGUCCGGGUUGGAUGACGCAGUGAGGACGCGCCGUGAAAACCCUCUAUAGGAGACCAAUAUGUUCCAGCUCUCUUCCUUAGAACAAAACACAGCCGGCCCUCGCGGCUCAUCUUUGAGUUUGCACUGUUUAAUGGGCAGCCGGGUGAUGGUUCAAAUCCCAGUGCGUUGUGACGGUGACUGUGUGUCGCUAACCUGCAGCGUGACAAUGAGGGUAAAUACUCUUGAAUGACUGCUCGUCUCUUAAGAACUCCAUAUGAUGCAACUGCUGUCAAGGAUCCAAAUCCCUGGGCUUUGAGCGGAGCGGACAGCUGAACCUUCGGCAGUGCACAGUUAUGUGCUUGAUGCAGGCAGGAGGCUUCCCAGGGUCGAGUUUCACCCGAGUUGCCCCUGCAGCAUGGGCGCUUCAGCUGCUCCACCUGAGGCACAGUUGCACCCGAGGGGACUUCCUCCACAAACAACACAACACCGGUGACAAAGAUUUAUUCACCACACAUUUACAAUGUUGUUCUUGAACCAACAGGAUGGAGGGGAAAGUGGCUGUGAAGAGUGAGCAAAAACAUUCACCCAGAGGAAGUGUCUGAGGGUGAGCCAGUGACUUUGGAGGCCUGCGGUGUGAGAGCCAUUACAGACUGACUCAUGAAGAGUCAGGAACCUAACCCAACCUGCUGUGACUCCGCUGGGUCAUGGUGUUCCUAUGUUGGUGUCUCACUUUUGCUGGGCUUAUGGUCCAGGGCCUCCGCUAUGAACGAAGUAGAGGGAGCCAGGAAGCGAGGUCUCUUCUGCUGAAGAGAUGAGACCAAGUUUGAGACGAAGAGCAGGUUCUCCUCCAUUCAGUCCAGCAGAUGAUCUCUUGGUGAGGAGGCCGAAGCUGUGGAUGACCGAGCCUCUCAUCGGAUAUGCCAGGAGGACUUUCCUCUUCUUCCGUUUGAUCCUGCAGUGAAGCUGCUCUUGUCCUCCGUGUGAUCCUCUUACUUAGUAGCAGGUCGAUGCUUGACGGCUCCAGCGCAGAACAACCAAACACAACAGUGCUCUGAUGGUCUUGCAAAGAUGAACAAUAUUAAAACCUCUUUGAAAUAAGAACGGCAUCUCUCUGGUCCCUUUCAGGCUUUAAUGGUUUUCGUCUCACAGGAAGUGACGUACACAAGCUGCCGGUGCAGUUGGACAGGGGAGUGACCCGUUCAGGAGGAGUACAUGCUGUAGGGGGUGCAGCCCAGCACGAACUCGCCAACUCCGACGAAGUAGACAACCUGGGCGAUACCGAAGAGAGGAGCGAUGACCAGUGCUCGACAGCCUGCACCUUUGAGGAACGCUCCGGGGCCCUCCUUCCGCAGGAUCUUCCUGCAGUUGGGCGGAAAAGGUGGUUGUCAUGUUCUGAAAGCCACGCCCUCUGAAGAGUACCUCACCUGAUGCAGUCCACGAUUCCAUUGUAGGUUUCCUCGUUGGUUCCUUUUCUUAUGGACUGUAGCCUCGUCUUGACCACUGCAGGAGAAGAGGAGAAGACUUGUGAGUCACUUUUGUUUCAUGAACAGCUGAAGCUGAUCAUUCUGGUCACGUGGAACAUGCAGCCAUUUUGCUCACUUUAAGUCAAUGACACUACGUUUUGAUGCAAAAGAGUGUGUGAGAUUUGAGAUUGGACCUGCACGACGUGUCUUUUAAAAAGCUUAAACUGGGCUCAGAAGUUGGAGGACUUUCUGCAGACAUCAGAUGGAACUAAGUCCUGAGUGUCAUCACUAAAACACUCCUCCACUUCCUGUCAACCUCAUGUUUACACACAGCUGCUUUGUUUCCUCGCCUCUGACACCAGCUCUUGUUCCUCUGCUCACUGUGAGUUCUCAGGCGCUGACAAAUAUUGAUCCGAAAAAGUCGACUCCAUUUCAGUCAAGCCAAGUGGCGACCCAACCCAGAACUCCGAAGCAGGGGAGGAGGUUGGUUGCGAGUGCCAGACGAUGGUCAACCACGCUGCCGUUCAGGUUUGACUGACCGUCACAAGGGCUCACAGCCACAGCAGCGACACAUCCGGCGGUCAGUCCGGACAGGAAGGACCAGUAGAAAGGCACGGUGGUGACCCCCGGCGAAGGCUGGCCCAGCUGGUGAAUGUGGGCAAAGAGAGGGAAGUAGACGACAGAGAAGGGGAUGUCCCUGCGGAAACAACAUGGCGGUGAGUCAGGGAGGACUUUCCAACACUGGGGUCUCACCUCAUUAACGUGGCCCCGAGUCCCCGGUACAGUCCCGUCACUCCUUUGGUCCUCAGCAGCUCAGAGGCAAUUUGUGUGGCAGACACCUUCCUGACCACGGGGGCGGGGCUGGCGUUGUAGGAGCGGCUGAGCAGGGCGCUGGUCCCGCCCAUCUUCAGAGCGCUGACCACGCUGGGCAUCAGCCUCUGCUGGGCAGCUGACGGAGCACACGCGCCGGUCACACACUUCCGUCCUCCUCCUCCUCCCAGCGUGGAAGAGCUUACCCAGCCUGCCGGCGUCCUGGAGCUGAAUCUUCAGCAUCUCCAUGGGUGUCGUGAUGGAGACCUGGCACAUCCCGGCGAGGCAACCUGCAAGCAUCUCCUUGGAGACUGUCAGCUUUCCACUGGGAGCAGAGGGAUGUGACAAGUUCAGCACCACUGGCAGAGCACCUGAGGCCGCGCUGCAGCGCCGCUCACCCGUCUCUGCUCAGCUGGUGGCGGAAGAAGUCGUUGGCUGCCAGUUUGAUGGCCUUCUCCGGGGUCACCAGGGUGAGAUUCACAGCAGCACCUGGGCACCACAGGCAACGGUCACUUCCUGCUCACCGCUUGUUGUGAGAGCCGUACCUCUGUACAUGCCAAAGUAGCCCUCGGAUUUAACCGUCUUGACCAGGCAGUCCAUCCUGAAAACAGAGUGGAGGGGGUUUCAAGCUUCUCGCUUCAUAUUGCUAGAACCUUCUGCGGUGUUGAGGUGAAAGUUGGGAGGGAAAUAGCGAAGUCGUCAGUCCCAGGAACAUGAAGAUGUUUUGGAUUCCAGAAUGCAGAAUGGACUCACUGUGUGCACACUUCCAUCUUACUUAUCUUAUCAUCCUCUCCUCAUACCUUCACAUCUGGUUGUCCUCCUCGCCUUCUCUCUGCUCCUCAAAAACAUUAUAUUCUGCCUCCAAACUUCUCCACAUGAGCUCAUGACUCCCUCGCUGUCUUCGACGACCAAGCUUCACUCCUGCUGCUCCACAGUCGUCGCCACCCUGGCUGCACUCUCUUCUUCACCUCACGCUGAAUGACCGACUCUCUUCCUCACUCUACCUCACCAAGGUGUUCUGUCUGUCAUCUCUCCCACUUCCACAGUUCAGACAGUAAAAGUAGAGGCUUUGGUGGACCGUCCAAACGCAUAACUUCGGCGCCUUGUAAGUGAUUUCAAAACAUGCUGCACUGCACAUUUGUUUCUCCGCUGAGUGACUUAUCUGGAUGGUGAUUGAUGAAUGGAGCGAUUGUUGACUUAAUCGAAGACCCAUCGAGGAGAUGGAAAUGUGAGCCGAGCGCCGCGGGACUGUUCCUCACAUGUUUUUGUAGAGCUGCUGCCCGCCGCGCUGGUUCUGCAGGCGGGUCUUCGCCAGGUCAAUCGGGAACACGCAGGUGACUCCUACCAUGCCGGCCACGCCUCCGUUGAUCAGUUUGGCUGGGAGGCUGCGCAGAGAUGAGCCAGCACGUCAGUCAGUGCACUUUCGAAACAUUUUAGAGGUCGGGCCAUAUGGAGCAUGACAUAACCUGUGGAGUGAGAACAGUCGGGCAGAUUAUGCAAGGAUAAGGCCGACACUUGUGGCUGCUUGUGCCCCAAACAUCUUGAAGAAAAUGUGAAAAACAGCGCCGAGUGACGACGAGUGAAACAUUUGAGAGCUUGCUUCUACACUGAAAUGACUUGUCACCCUCAAACGUGACUUCACUUUUCACCGUCGAUACAUGACUUUUGAGCUGAGCUCCCAUUUAAGCGUGUCAAGGUAAUUCCAGACAGAUCACAGAUCUGCGUCCAGAGAGGAAGCUCCAACUCGCACGUCUGAAACAUGAAUGAGCUUUGGCUUUCUGUUCACCGGAUGCCCCCAGGUCCAAACUAAUGUGCACUAAUCUACUCUACUAAAAUGAGGACUCUGUUUGAACUUGAAGCGACCGACUGCUAUUUGUCUGAGAAAGGUUUCUCAUCACGCUUAACAGAAGAACACCAUAUCUUCAGUCAGUCUGGAACUUGCUUGAGUGUGAUUUCAAGGGUUCCCUCACGAGAAACAAAUACUACUUUUGUUCAUUUGGAGAACAUGGAACUCAAGGUCACAGAUGAAUCUAAAUUACAGCUGGACACAACAACAGUCGUAGUACUAGUAAUAGUAACCAGCAGCUCUUUCAUCAGCUUCCAUUCUACUGGCCCUGAAAGUGACACACAGCGCAGUAAAACCAUGGUGAUGUGAAGU